CCACUGCAAGACCGCGAGCAAAGCGCUAAGUACACUAUCAGCAUCUUCGAUAGCACUGGAGUGAUUGCAUCAGCAGUGUGUGUGGAGUAGCGAAGACGGAAUCCCCAAAACAUUGCACAGGAGAGGUUUUUGCUCCUGCGGUCUCCCAGUUUGCCAGGUAGCCCUCCCGAGAGAGAAGGCCACAGCAGAUAGGUCGAGAUGUGGCAACCAGAGGUUGUCGGGAUGGACGUGGACGGGGACGCCGUCGAGGAGUAUGACGAGGGGAGAGAUCUGCGAAAGAAGCUCGACGAGAUCACGGCCGCGCUCGGCGAAACGGGAGACCAGGCGGCGGCGAUACUGGGCUACCGCGAGGUGCUCGACUACGUGUGCACAGACGCGGCCGGGCCGUCGGAGAGCGUGGGGAAAGUGAAGGAGGAGGCCAUCUACGGGCUGGCCAAGGCAUACGCGGAUUCCAGGCGGUUUUCGGAUGUGGUGGACCUCCUCAAGACGGCGUCGCCGUUCUUCGGAACGAUCCCUAAGGCCCGAACGGCCAAGAUCGUCCGCACGAUCAUCGAUAUCGUGUCAAAGGUCCCGGACUCUUUGGAGCUGCAGGAUGCCCUGUGCCGCCAGGUGGUGGCGUGGUGCAAGACGGAGAAGCGGAACUUUUUGAGGCAACGCAUCCAGAGCCGACAAGCUGGUCUGCUGUUCGAGCAAGGCAAGUACCAGAACGCGGUGGCGCUACUGAACAAGCUCCUCCGUGAGCUGAAGCGCAUGGAUGACAAGCAGCUCCUCGUGGAGACGCACCUCGUCGAGGCCAGGGUGCACAACGCCCUGAGAAACACUCCCAAGGCCAAGGCGGCCCUUACCGCCGCAAGAACCGCGGGGAACUCCAUCUACAUCUCACCGAUCAUGCAGGCGGAGCUUGACGACAUGUCGGGGACACUCCACUGCGAGGAGGGCGACUACAAGACGUCCUUCUCCUACUUCUUGGAGUCGUACGAGGCCUUCGACUCACAGGAGGACUCGCGGGCGCUGCGAUCUCUCAAGUACAUGCUGUUGUGCAAGGUGCUGCAAGGAUCGGCGAGCGAAGUUGGGGCGAUUUUGGCGGGGAAGUGGGGCGUGAAGCACACCGGGGCGGAACUUGACGCCAUGUCGGAAGUCGCGAAGUCGGCCAAGAACAGGUCCUUGGAAGAGUUCGACGCGGCGGUGUCGGUCCACGGGAAGACUCUGGAGAAGGACCUGCUCAUCAAGCACCACCUCGGGAUCCUCUACGAUCAGCUCCUGGAGUCGAACUUGCUGAAAAUAAUUCAGCCGUUCAGCUGCGUAGAGCUCGACCACGUGGCGGAGCUGAUCAAGCUGCCGGUGGAUAAGGUGGAGCUGAAGCUUAGCCAGAUGAUCUUGGACAAGAAGCUGCUGGGCAUCCUGGACCAGGGUAAGGGACAGCUCGUCAUCUACGAGGAGGCCGUCGAGGACAAGGUUUUCACGGACGGGCUGGAGGUUAUGUCCAACAUGGGGGCUGUUGUCAACAGCCUCUUCUCCCGUGUACAGAAAAAUCUCGCCCAUACAGUCUGAAUGGAAUGCGAAGAGGCACGUGGACGCAACCGGCGCAGCGCUCGCCCUCGCUCAAGGAUGGAUUUUUGUUGUUUUCGAUCUCGGGCAGGGCGCACGUGAUUUGGCUGCACGGUUGAGGGUGUGGCUGACAAGAGUUGUUGUUGUUGUUGUUG